CAAAUCUGCCUACCCCAGUGCGUACAUCUGUUUUUGUUUGGAGCUGAUGUAAAAUGCACCGCCAUGGUACAAUCAUUUUGAAAUUGCCGCUGAGUAACCCGAUAAAAUGGAACUUCACGAAAGUUUCGAUGAUAUAGAAAACCAGCUGGACAAUUUCAUUAUUCGUAAGAACCAGCAAAAAGAUAAAAAAAUCGACUCCGACAAGUCUGGCCCAAAGAUUCAUAACAAUAUACCCCUGACCAUCUCGCACAUUCUCCGGGUAACUCAGGAUCCGGAACGGGAAAAAGUUUUUAUAACGUGUGAUGCGCAUGAUAAUGCAGAUCCGAUUUACUUUCGCACCUGUUUUGUGUAUGGUUUUGUGGUUGGAUUUGGCACCCACAAUGAGUGCUUCAACAAGUACAUAAUUGAUGAUGGCACGGGAUCUCUGGACGCAUGCAUUGCCAAAAAGCCAGCCAACAGGGAAGUAAUAAGCAGUCUUUACCACGAAGCCUCUUCCCUGGUUUCCUAUGAAGCCUAUAAACCCGUAGCAGAACGCUUGAUCCGUCUUUCCAAGAUCGCCAUGGGGUAUAUAGAUCCCUCGCCCAUUAAGAGGGGCAACAACCUCUUCCUGCGCGGUCGUCCAAAUAUAUUCAGAGGAAAGGUGGGCCUGGAUGCCUUCGCGUUCUUCAUCGACAGCGGGAAAUCCCGGAGAAUGGAAAUUGGCUUUGCUAAACACCUAACUCACUGGCACAAGAACUACAAAACUCAGAGCACAAAAAACAAAUAAUAUUGGGGGUUUUGUUGUAUUGAAAUUUUACUGGUAAUAAAAAAUCAAACUUUAAAUAAGAA